AGCAGCGCGAGCUGUCCGGAUGUAGCUGACGUCACCAGACAUUUCUUGUAAACAUGGCGUCCGUGACAACAGCCACCUCGGAGUGGAUUCAGUUUUUUAAGGACGCUGGGAUUCCAGCCGGCCUCGCAGUCACUUAUGCAGUCUCCUUUGUGGAUAACAGAAUUCACAAGAACAUGCUGAUGGACCUCAGUAAAGACAUCAUGAUGGACCUCGGCAUCACGGUCAUCGGCGAUAUCAUUUCCAUUCUUAAACAUGCUAAGCAGGUGUACAGGCAGGACAUGUGCAAAAUGGCCACAGAAGCCAUCUCCUCAGGCCAGACCAGUGUUAAAGCUGAGCUCAGAAGAACUGCCAAUACUCCUGCCACUCGUAUGAUUGCCAACGCUUUGAGCAGUGACUCCCCGCCGGCCACUCCAGCCCGUCGACCUGACAACCGCCUCUCGGUCACAGUGUCCAACAUGCAAGCAAACAAGAGCGGCAAAGCAGUUGUAAGUCAGCCAGCUGACGAGGGGAACAGUCUGCCAGCAGUGAAGCGCCGACGCGUGACAGCUGAGAUGGAAGGCAAGUACAUCGUCAACAUGCCCAAAGGCUCCACACCUCGUACACGCCGCAUCCUGGCCCAGCAGGCCAAGAAAGGAAUGAACCGCACCUCUGUGUUUGCAAGACUUGGAGCUGAAUCGAAGGCAGACACGACAACAAGCAAUAACAAGCCCACCGGUGUGUUCAGUCGUCUUGGCAGAGGGGAUGAAGAGGAAGACAAGCCGCAGCCAGGCAAAAUGUCUAGUACCAUCGAUGUAGAUGACGUGGACGACAGUGAUGGAGAAGGCUCCGUCCUCCAGUAUGCUGGCGUCCUCAAGAGAGGGGCCCCUGUCUUCCAGAAGAAAGAGCCAGCCACAAAACUGGCCACAAAACCGGCCCCGACCACCCUGCGGCGCUUGGGAGGCAAAUUCAAACUACCUCCGUCUGACACUCCCUCCUCUUCCUCCCCUAAUGGCCUCCCCCCUGCCAAGGUUAGUGUUCUUCAGAGACUGGGCAAGCUCCCUGCCACACACCUGAGCGCCGCGGUGUCACCCACACCUGCUGACACGCAGGACAACAGGGUGACCAGCACCAGGCCCAAAGCCCAGGAGGGACUCACCUUAGCAAGUUCCAAAGUCAGCAGCAGCACCGGGGCUGGAGGAGGAGGAGGAGGAGACGGAGGAGAUGGAGGAGAGUCUCUGGGUGCCCAGAUGGACAUUAUGGCUAUUAGUGUUUUUAAGAGGCUGGGCAGCAAGAGAACCUAACACAUACAUCUCUACAAAAUGAUUGAGACUCUUUCUAUAUGUCCUUUAUAGAAUUUGUAUCCCUCCCUUUUCUGCACUCAUCCUAGCGACGUGCAGGACUGCAGAUCGGAGUGUUUUUUGUGUUUAUGGUCGGUUUAUAGCUGCUUUUUGGCUUUAGGUUUGCUCUUAGAUAAAGAUACUUUUACAUUUUAGUCAUGCUGCCAUAGGAAAACAACUUUGUUUAGUGUCCAAGCUUUUAAUUUGAGGACUAAAUGUUCUCAAUCAUAUCUGCCUUUUAUAGUUUUUGAAAAUAUGUAUUUAACUAUAUUUGCGAGAUUAAGGCAUGACGUCAACCAAGCUGCUAUAAUGGUGGUUUUUAUUUUACCCGUUAACUCCACAUAUAAGGAUGCUGCUGACUAAAUCUUCCCUUUUUUUGAGAGUCCACCUGAAUGAAUACAGUCUGUGUAGUUGAAAAUAUUCCCCCACGGUGAAUUAGUUGGUCAUUUUGUUGAUAUUUGCCUGAAAAUUAGUUGUUUCUCGCGUAACAAAGGUACACACCUCAGGCAAGUGAAGUUUAUUCUUUAAAUGAACACGCAGGACGGCGGUCAGAUGGAAGACUAGCCAUGAGGUGAUGGUACAUUUAUUUUACCUUCAACACCUCAAAAUGACCUCCUCCGCCGUGUUUGGAAAGUAGAAAAAGUGUUGAUGAAAGCUUCAUAACUUGUGAGUGAGAAAGUAAAUUCAAAUGGUCUCUAAACACUUGAAUCAAGAAGAAACACUGCACCUCUUCUUCUUCUUCUGCGCUUUGUGGAGUAGAACGUCUCGCCUCUGAACUCCAGAGGCCCAUGUCCACCUUGCUACCAUCAUACUGAACGUUUUCUACUUGAAGGUCGGCUCAGUAGAAUAUUGUUUAUUUUGAAAUGCAAUGUAUAGAUUUGUUAGACUUGAUUUCACACGGCACAGCACCAGUUAUGCUGCAUAUUUUUCUAUGUGGACAUUCUUGUACCAUGUAAAGAAACUCCGAGAUGCCAUCGGGUUUGGUGUCAGGAAGCCACUUGAGGUCUCGGUAGGUAGUUCACCUCCACCCAGCAUGGGUCAUCAUCACCUGUGUACUAUGUUUCUUUCUUCACACCAGAACUUUGUUAGACUGUAAAUAUUUGAAAUGUUUAAAAUCACAUUAAGGAAUUUUUAUAGUUUUUAAAAAAACAAGGUAGAUUCAAACGCACCGUGAACUGUUAUUUGUUUUUGUUUUUUUAAAGGAUAUUGAAGAAAAAAAGUUCUGAAUUUCAGCAAAAUAUGCUUGGAAAAUAAUUAAAAGAGGAAAAGGGUCCAAACAGCUUCCCUCUUCAUUUCUCUCUCUACAGGAGACAAUGUCGUUGUCACAUAUUGUUCUCUUGUACGUAUCGACAUGACGGCAAAGUCGAUAUUUAUAUUCUCCUGGGAACAUUCAGAUGAUCAUUUAUCAAUAAACCCAUUAAACUCCCACUCCUCUCACAAUGAGCUUACUGCUGCAUAAUU